AGGUCACACGCUGUAGUUCGGGUUGAUUUAGUCGUGAAACUUGAUCGGACUUUUGGCUUGCUUUAGCAGCCCGGUUGUUGGAGUUUGAUUAUUACUGAGAAAUUGGUACUGCUGCUCAGUACCCAACACAACGCAGUGAGUUGUUUCGUGAUGGAGAUGACAUUCGUAUAAAAAAAAAAAAAGUGACGAGAAGAAAGUUGUCAUUACCUUCGUACUAAAAUACGUCGUAUUUAGAAAAUACGUCAUAUAAAAUGUAAUAAUCUGUAAAACGAUUACGUUAAACCAUGAAACACUAAACGAUUGAACCAUGUAGGUAUUUAUGCCAUAUUGUACUCAAUAUCCAUGUGGCACUUCUAUUCUUCGGUGGACACCACACGCCUUGGCAAAUUGAAUGACUUUAUGAUCACUGUAGCUGCUUCCUACGAGCUGUUCACUGGAUGUAAGACAUGCCUGUGAAGGUGAAGAACACUAUCUCAAAAGGUUCAAUAAUAAUGCACUCAACUGACCCCAUCCUUUUCCAGAAUUCGGACACAAAGGAGCCAGCACCACAGCCACUGAGAAAUCUCGAUAAAGACCAGGUGGUAUCAAUGUCUGGGUCAAGGAGAUCACAUAGUGCUAGAAACAAAAUCCCCUGGGUGUCUGACUGUGUGUUGAAAAGAAAGGAUGCAGUGGACUGGCUGUCACGCAACCCCUUCACACGUAUGCAGGCAAAAUUGCAUGCUGAAAAUCAUGAAGCACAAUUGCUUGCACAGUCUGUUUUGGACACAGAAAAUGGGUUUGUUAAGGAGCUGGAUAAUUAUUUGAACUACAGAGAUGUCCUUGAGUUGCGUAAAAAAGAACUUCUUCACAAGAAAUGGAAAGAAUGUGUCUCUGAGCCAAUUCAGAAACAAAUUAAAGAGCACAUAAACAAAUACUGCUAUCAAGAAGCAGAGCAGAUGAGAAGCAUGUUUUUGCAAUAUUUGGAUUACUGUAAUACCAAGGGUUUUGUGUUUUUAAAAGACUACGAUCCACGUGAAUAUAAUCCCUUUCUUCUACACAUAAACAGACCGCAUUAUUUUAAGGUUUCAACUCCAAUUUUAGAAGAUCCUCUUUUGAUUCAACAUCAGGAUCGAAUGAAGGAGAAGGGAAUUGUCCUUCAAUGUCAAACAGGUCCCUUUUAAAAAAAUGGACAGAAAGAAGGCCCGUAGAACUGCAAAUAAAGUAGAAGACAACUACAAGUGCACUUAUGCAUGGUACAAUGCCCCAUGAAGAGGAUAUCAUGCAACAGGAAGAAACAAGAAGCACAAGAAUAUCAGUUUUUCAGAAUAUUCUGCCUAUGUUCUUAUCACAUCUCUUCAUCACCAAUCUUCAUAUUCUUUUCAGGACUUCCUACAACUAUUCAACUUGGAAGUGAUAGUAACCUUAUUUGCUUCUUCAAGUGCACUGUCCAGCUAAAUGUAUGCAUGGCCAUACUGCAGUUUUAGUAUUAAACCUUUUAAUAAAAAUGUGACGUAGCACAAAACAAAACUCUUAGGGUGACAUUUUUGCUAACAGAUGAAAUUUCAUAUUUUUCCUAUUGCUAAAUUUGCCAUUGACCUCUUUAGACUUCUGAACUAAGUGGCAUGAUGCUUUCAUACAGUGUUGCCCUAUGUCAGUAUCUUUCAAGCAUGGAAGUUUUAAAGUGACAUUAAGACUACUCUAACAUAAAGUGUCUGUCCUUGAUCACAGGCAUCUGUGCAACUACUUAAGCUGAGCUU